CCCGCCCCAGUUGCCCAGCGCUGACCAGGCUGGGAGGGGGCCCGCGUGCAGGAGCCAUUGGCAAGAGCGGCACCCGCGGGCGCACGGGCGGCGGCGCACCGGUUGGCAUCCCCGUCUCCUCUCGCCUGCGUGGGCAGCCCCGUUGCAAGCCCUCCUCCCGAGGAGGCGGCGCCUGGCUCCAGCUCUCGCUCUGCCCGAGCCUCUGGGUUGCUUUCGGAGGGUCGGUCCAUUGAAGGAAUGCGCUGGCUCUUCCCAGCCCCUCUCGCCGGGCGGUUUGAAUGCAGUUUGACAAAAGGCGACUGACAUCAUCUCGGCACUGAGCGGGUGGGAAAAAAAGGAGGAGAAAGGACCCGUCUGAACAAAAAGAAACGCGCUUUGCGUUCGGGACUCCUCUGAUCUGGGACCCAGACCGCUGGAGCAGCAGCGGCCGAGCUGUCCGGGAUUAUUUUUACUCCGCCGAGAUCUUGGAAAUAAGAUGGGACCCCGUUGCCGGCGCCAGUGAAACGCUCACCAUCGAAGCAGGUUGUUUGGGGGUGGGGGUGGAUCUGUCUGUUUCUCCUUCUCGCUGGGGUUUUAUUAACCUUGGGUAAGUUGGUUGGCUUCACUUCUGUGCAGAUUGGCGCAGAUCUUUGGAGUGGACCUUUUUAUUUAUUUAUUUUUGUUUAAUUGGCUGUGUUUUUAAAGCAUGGGAAUUGGAGGAAGGAGAACACCUUGUGCAGAUAUGCGUGGGUUUACUGUUCUUCCUUAUCUCGCCCUCCCUGAAGAAUUAUAGGUUUUUUUUCUUUUUUUCAAAGAAGACUCCAAAAUGUUGCAAUAAGUUUGAGACCUUGAACUGGGGGAAAUUAUUUUUUCGAAACAAAAAGAACUCAGGGUUGUUGUUGUUGUUUUUUAAAAAAAGAGAGUGGUUGUAGAAACAUGGCAAAGAGUUCCGUGGAGGGGUCAAAGGAGGACUUGACCAAGAUGACGGAAGAAGACAUGCUAAGGAGCAGCAAGGAAGAACUGGUGAAACGGCUCAAGAAAGUGGAGAACGAGAAGAUGAACCUGAUGGUGGAGCACGGUAACUUGAUGAAGGACGUCAACCGGAGGCUGCAGCUCCAUUUGCACGAGAUCAGGGGCCUGAAGGAGGUAAACCAGAAGUUGCAGGAUGACAACCACGAACUGAGGGAGCUCUGCUGCUUCUUGGAUGACGACCGGCAGAAGGGCAAAAAGCUGUCCAGGGAAUGGCAGAGGUUCGGCCGACACACCGCAGGGGUGAUGUGGAAGGAAGUGGGCAUGUACCAGCAGAAGCUGAAGGAACUGGAGGCCAAGCAGGAAUCCCUCAUGCGGGAGAACGUGGAGCUGAAGGAGAUUGUCCUGAUGUUGGACGAAGAAAGGAACGGGGCUGGAUCCAGAAGCUCCAUAGACAGUCAGGCGAGCCUCACCAACCUAAAUGGGGGUUCUGGGACCCGGGACGUCGGAGACGGGAGUAGUACCUCUAGCACUGGCAGUGCAGGCAGUCCAGACCAUCAUCACCACCAUCUUCACCAUCACAAACCUGUGGAGAACAAGGCUGGAGCUAUCAGGAGGUCCAUGGACGAUCUCUCGGCACCGCUUCACCACAGGAGCAUUCCCAAUGGAUUGAAUGAUUCAUCUUCUAACUACAUCAGACAACUUGAAACUAAGGUCAAACUCCUGGAGGACGAUAAUAAACUUCUUUCUCAGCUGGCUGGUCACAACAAUGCACCAAGAAAGUUCAUUAAGCAAUCAAGUUCUGGAGAUCUGAGGACUCUGCGGAAAGGGUUGUCCCCGUACCACUCUGAGUCACAGCUGUCGUCACUGCCACAGUACCAGGAUCCCAUGCAAAAUGGCCCGUCUCGCAUAGCUCCAGACCUUGCAUCUUCUCCUGCAGUGGGUUAUGUUCCCCUGAGCCAGAAACCUGAAGCUGUGGUUCAUGCUAUGAAGGUCCUCGAGGUUCAUGAGAAUUUGGACAGGCAAAUGCAAGAAAACUAUGAAGAAGAUCUGAGCGAAAAGGAGAAAGCAAUUGUUCGUGAAAUGUGCAAUGUUGUCUGGAGAAAACUGGGCGAUGCAGCGAGCUCCAAACCAUCGAUCCGACAGCAUCUUUCAGGAAACCAGUUCAAGGGUCCUUUAUAAGAGCCCCCUUCCUGCCAGGCUGGGAAUGAAAAGAAGACGAGACACGAGAGACUGCUCUUCUUCUGGCUGCCAGGGUUAUAUAUAUUUUCUGUCCUGUUAACUGUUUAUAGUGUAAAUAAGGCAGCUGAAGGCGUAGCCUGGAGGCUGUGCUGAUCCCUAACAAUGUUUAAAUGAGUGAAUAACUAUCCUCUAAUGGCAAACUUGUAUCAGUCGUGUCGUAGUGAAAAACCUGCUUUUGUUGUGCGGUCCAAUGUAGACAACACCUAAACCCAAGUGAAUUCCUAGGAGGAAAAAUCAAGGAACCUGUGGCAGAGGUUACACUGUCUGGCUUUGACCUGUUUAACCAUGUUACAACCCAGCCACUCGCUCACAGCGUGGUUUGGGGGAACACCCAACAAAAUGAAAACACGGAAAUUGGACCGCUUUUAAGGGCGAUUCUCUGUCCUGAGAUCUUUGGCUGAGGUUUCUGACCCAUCAAGCCAGACGUUAGUCCUGUAGCCUGUCCGGCGUUCGGCGAACAUCCUGUGUUUACUUCUUGUCUAGGACAGCCCAAAACAACAGCAGACACAGCUGAGAAGCAAGGAGUUGGUCGGGUGUCUGGCAGGCCAAAGUGUGUGGUUGCUGAGCCCUCUUCAACUAGAUGGGCCACAAGUUUAAAAGGUCUGAGCCGCAGCUGUUUUAUAUGCAAACAUGUGGCACACGUGGCACUUUCCACAUGAGAGCGAGCCACUUGUGUGAAGAAAACCCCGUCUUGCAUAACCAGUCUGUUUUCAUGCAAUUAAAACUCCACAGCUUUCCAAGUAUGCAUGGCCUCAACAAAAUACUCCCUUACGCAACUUCCCCUCACAAGUGGACAGUGGAGGCUGUUACAAAGAAUGACACGGCUCCUGUGCCUCUUAAAAGUUGUGUCGUAAAAGGAAGUACUUCCAGGUGCGCUUACGAUCCUUGCCCCCUCGGGUCAAAAUUAACCUUUCUAUGCUUCUAUUAACGUUACCCCUUCGGCUGCUGGAAAUUUGUCUUCCUUUAAAUCACUCUCCAGCUUACAUGAGUGUUUCUUUGUUUGUGCAGAAGUUAAAUCCCUGUUGAAAAGAAAGAGAGACACGCGAAAUGGUCUUUUAGCGUUCCUCGGGACCUGCUCUUGUAAUGUUCAGUCCUUUAUAUGACAACGGUGACAUGAAGAGCCGACACACAGAGAGUUCCAAUCAAUCAUGUCGUCACUGAAACGAUACACACAAUUCAGUGAUUGCAAGCUGAGGUGAUAGUCAUCCAAGCUGCAGCCAGAACUGCUGCCGCCAUUCCAUUUUUUUUCCUUUGAAUGGUGGGCUGACAUUCUGUUACAAUGGAGCAGUUCUUUUUGUAACCCCCAAGCAAGAUUUCAAUCCCCUUUCCCAGUCUCGUCUAAUCACUGAAUAUUCAUAAGCUUCCCUUAAACUGUUGCAGAACCAUCUAUUAAAUCCCAUGUCUAUGAAAUAAUUUUUACCAGAGGAGCCCGUAGGCUUCAUGCUCCCUCUUUGGAAGUUUGCUUUAAAUUGUUGUUGUUGUUAUUAGUUCCAGGCUCCAGCUGGCAUAUUACAACUGCUUCAGAAUGGUGCAGUUGGUUGGACCAGUAAAACUAGGUGGAUGCUCUAGAUUGGUGUUUACUAAUAUCGAGUACUAUACAUAGAUCUCCAGCCCAUAGGUAAAUAGUUGGAGACGUUCUCUCAAAAGCUAUCCAGUAUAUCUCCCUCUUUUGUAGAUGCUGCUCCUAUAUUACUUGCUCCUUAAAUAUGGGCUUUGCCUUCCUCGUUGGAUUUACAGGGUAAUCCCAUCCUCAGACGCUGGAUAUAUUUCAAUAUGAGUUACAUCCUGGGAUUGUCCUCAGGGAGAAAUUGGUCUAGAGCAGUG